GGCCUCUCCUGUUUGUCUGGAGUAUUUCAGUGGGCUUAGGCACAUCUCACUCCCCACACACACACACACACACACACACACACACACACACACACACACACACACACACGCAGAGGCGACGAGUGGAACUCCGGGGGCUCGAGCCACGGGCCGGCCACGCGCGAGCUCGAGCGCGUCAACAGAAAUUGGAUGGAGGAGGAGGAGGAGCUUCAACGUGGAGGUUAAAACCAAGAGCCCCCGCAGAGUGACCCACGCUGAGAGUCUGUGGGACAUCUCUGCGCAGGGACACAGCACGGAACUUCACCACUGAGUGAGUGUGUGAGACAGUGGACAGAGAGACAGACACCGAGACAACAAACGUAUCAUCUGGUAAAACUUACCGAGGAGGUCUCAGGACACAUCAGCGCAGACUACUAUGAUGAUUAAGCCAUAUGUGAGACAAGGCGAGGGAGAGGAGGCCGUCAGCCCUCUGCAGUGGAUGGAUGGAGACGUGAGCUCACCUGAUGGAGACGUGUCAGUCUCAUCACACCGCUACAGAGCAGGUGGAGUGAACCAACAGGCCCAGGAAAUGGGAAGUGAGGAUGUAGAGGAAGACGAGGAGGACGAGGAGGAGGAACAGGAGGAUGAAAACGAGUCCAAACGACGAGGGCCCAAGAAAAAGCGGAUAACCAAGGCCCGGCAGGAGCGAUUCCGUGCGAGGCGUGUAAAGGCUAACGCCAGGGAGCGUUCACGUAUGCACGGUCUGAACGACGCGCUGGAGAACCUGCGCAGCAUCAUGCCCUGUCACUCCAAAACACAGAAAUUGUCCAAGAUCGAGACAUUGCGGCUGGCACGCAACUACAUCUGCGCUCUGUCCGAGGCCCUGGAGGGGGGCCUUUCCACAGAGAGCAGGGCUUUCAUGGAGACAUUGUGUAAGGGUCUCUCACAGCCCACCACAAACCUGGUGGCUGGCUGCUUGCAGCUGGGACCAGCUUCUGGCAGUGGGAUGAGACCUGAGGACAGACACAGAGUUCCAGCAGCCCCUACUCCUCUUGGUGGUAUGGUGAGCUACUCCUCUCCGGGCCUGCCGAGUCCUCCAUAUGGCACUUUUGACUCUGCUCACCUGCUUCACCUGAGGGCAAUGAAAGGAGGAGUGUACGAGAAUCACUCGCCAAAUGAGUAUAAUGCUGGCGGCGUGGGGACCCCUCCAUAUGAUGGCCCCCCUACACCACCUCUGAGCAUCAGCAGCAACAUGGUACCCAAACAGGAGCCUUCACCCCACUACCCACCCUCACACCACUACUCCCCCUCACCUGUGGACCAGGGCCUGUAUCAGACUCAGACCGGCUAUGACGUACAUUUAGAGGGGCCGUAUGACUCCUACCAUCCACCGCACAUGCCCCCCCGACAGAUAACCUCCAUCUACAGAGACUAAGAUGAAUCAGGAGGGUCGAUUCUGCUUCAACCGUCAAUAAAACCUGACUGAUGGUCUUCGCUCUUUAAUCCUUCAUGAACUGAUGCUGAUGUCUUCUGGACUGAAGGAGACUGAGGGAUCAAAUCUUUCUCAGUAGACUGUCUGGUAGUAGAGGAACUGUAGAAUAAAAAGGGUUUGUUUACAUAGACUAGCACUGCUGCACAUUGUUAAAAUUAGAAAAUACUUGACUUACAUUUUCUUAAAAAACUGAUUACCAAAUGAUUUAGCGACAGCAAAUGUUGCUUUGGCCAUGUUGACCACAUGUCCUGUUACUGUGAUAUAAGCACUUCUAAUUUAGCUUUGGUGAUGUCAGAUAUUCUACAUAAAUUAAAAGUAAUACUAUUUAUUCUUUAAUUUAAUACAGUGUAAAUGGACUUUGCUCUGAUGUGCAGGUGUGCGUCUGGUUUUCCUUCUGUAUAUAUUUGUGGUCAAGGUUUUUCUUUGUUUGAUACUUAGACUCAUAGUUUAUCUGUUAUAUUUCUUUUGUGUCCACUUUUCUUUGUCAUUUAUUACAUGUUUUGCUCUUGAAACAUAUUCAGAGGUAGAUUUUCUAGCGCAAAGUAGCUGAUCUUUGGAAGAUGUUGUCUACAGAAUGUUUGGAUUUUAAGUAUAUAAUGGGGAUUGAUGGAUCAAGGUGAAAAAGCAAAAAUGUCAUUCUCAGGUUAACGUUGUGCAAAUGAUUAUCUUCUUUCCAACAUAUUUUGCCCUUCGUCUUUUUCAUUUUUGUUUCUUUUUUGGAAAUGUUGAUGUUAUUAAAAUAUUAAAAACCAA